CUCGGUUUGGUAACACGCUAGUUUUUAUUUUUAAAUCAUUGUCUAAUUACUCGACUACAGAGAUGUGACACGCUUGCGCAUACCCAAGUAAUAAAUUCAUUUGUGUGAACCAAUUGUUUUUAAAACAAAUGUUUAGAUUAUUAUUUUGUUUUUAAUAUUUUUAUUUAAAAGCACCUGUUCUUUGUUUUUAAAUUAGACUUUAUGAAUAAGUUUUAGAAGUGGAAUAAUCAUGUUUGAAAAAUUAUUUUUAUUAUUUGCCUGUCUAAUAUUGCCGCGGCCAUCGUAUAUGAACCCGGAUAAUAUUGGAUUGUUGACAAGCACUUUGAAAACAAUGCAAAGAGCAGCUUGUGAUGAUGAAAUGGUAUCGUUGGGAUGUCCUGCUGGGACUUCUAUAAGUAUUCAAGUGGCACAAUAUGGGAAAGCUGCGCCACAAGGACAUAAAUGCGUCAUGGAAGGAUUGAAUUCAGAAGGUUUCGGAAUAGAAGAUAAAGAAGUAUGCUUAUGGCCUAAUUCUAUGCAGUAUUCUCUUCUACAAACAGUUGUAGAGGCUUGCCAGAAGAAGCCGCAAUGCACUUUCAGUACAAAGUCAAAGCCGGGUACUGUUGACCCCUGUCCGUCUUCUAGGAAGUUCAUUGAAGUUGCGUAUAAGUGCAAACCUUAUGAGUUCCGAAGUCGAACUGGUUGUGAAAAUGAUGUUUUGGCUGUUACCUGUGAUGCACAUACAAGGAUAGCAAUCCUUGACGCUCAGUAUGGUCGUAUUCCUUACGAAUCGAACAAAUGUCCACAAACACACGGAAUUAGUGAAGAGAGUUGUAAAGCGCCACACGCAACGGAAACAGUGAUGCAAAUGUGCCACGGCAAACGUCGAUGUCAAAUAUCUGUUACACAAACAACAUUCGGAACUCCUUGCAAACCUGAUUCAAGACCUUAUCUUAAGAUUGUGUAUGCUUGUGUGCCCCUUGGAGUUAUGACAGAUAAAUAUGAAAGCGCUUUGGAAAAAGAUGAAAUGUUAAAUUUUCCUUCUGGUGCAGAAGAUAACUUUUUCGAUGAAACAGAUGAAUUCGGUGAACAAAAUGGUGCUCCACCUAUAUCGAUUCCAGUGCCUCCUUCAUCGCAAGAUAACUCAUAUGAUAACCAACAGUCAAUUGAUGUUACAACAAAUGAAAAUAACAAUGAAAACGUACUAUUACCUGAUGCAACGAAUACUAAAACAUCUAAAAUGUUAAUAUACGCUGCCGUUAGCAUUCUAAUAUUAAUAACACUUGUAUUUGUUGUGAUUGUAUUACGUUAUAUUAUAAAACGUAGAAAAAAGAACAAUCCUAAAACAAAUGAUAUGUUCACAACUGAAACUCCGAAUAUAUUUGGCGAUGGACUUUCUGAUAUUGACAAUGAUGUUGAUGUAAGUCAUAUUUCUGGUAAUUUUUAUGAUCCAGUUCAUCCUGAUAUGAUUCUAUAUAAAGAUGUACCAGGAAAUUCUACUCUAAGAGCUAUGCGACCUCUUUCGACUGUAUAUCCAUGUUCUAGCACUAAUAUGUAUGGUGCAGUUAAUUACCCAUCGCAAGCUAGAAAUUUCUCAUCUAGUAGAUUAAGCGAGAACAAAAUAAUUGAUAACGAUAUUAUUGUUAGUCCAAAAAGUUUAAGAGGAUAUUCUAAUUCGCAAUUCUUUUAUGGCUGACAUCUUUUGAGGUUAAUUUAAAUUUCCAGAAAGUAUUAUUUUUGUGUAUUCAAAGUGUAAGGAACCAUUAAUCGUAAGACACGCUGAUCUUUUUAAAUAAAAUAGAAGCUUUAAAAGCAAAACUAUAUGAGACUAUGUUACCACCGAACCUUAUCCUAGUCACUAUGCUAUGUAUAUUUAAAACUAUGUCAUAUUUUGCACCAAUUAAAGCUAUUAUCAUUGUAUUAAUUUAGUAUUGUCCAUGUUAACCUACUUUAAGACACAAUUGACCUUUCCAAACAUAAAAUCAUCCAUUUUUGUGUUAAUAAAAGAAAUAGUUUUUUAUAAUAUCAUUAGAGCGUCGGUGGCUCAGGGCUCAAGCA